AUGAUCUGCUCCAACAUACUUGUCUUACUUAUGACCACAUUCCUGGUCAACGGUUUAACGAUACCUCGAAAUGUCCCUGACAAUAAUGGCGGCCUUACCAAAAGAUCUCAUUUGAUCAAACCAUUGGCAGUCUACAAUGUUCAACAACAGCCCACCAAGGUCAAGGCAAGUGAAUCCGAGAGCCCUUUGACCAACGCUCAGCGAAUGGCAGCUGGAAUGCUACCUGCUUUCCCCAGAGUCUUGGAGGGUCUAGUUCCCCCUCGAGCAAGGAAACAAUCUAAAAGAGGCAAUGAAGGAGGAUCGACUCCUUCCCCAGGAACAGUUUGGAUUCCCGAAGAACCUAAGAUGGAUCAUCCAACUAUCAUCUUUAGUGAUACCGAUGAUGCUUCUGUUAAGAAAGAAGUAUCUUUCGAUAUCAAGAUAUUUGAUAAGAUGUCAUCUACUCUUUACAUCAGCAGUAAUGGUGUUCUCUCUUUUAAAAAAGGUACUUCCGAUGGAUACAAUACGGCUUUACCUACACACGCAAAUGAUUUCCCAUCUUACAGUGUUAUGCCAUUCUGGGAUGACCUGUACUACUCGGGAUACCAAGACCAUGUGACUUUCCAAACUGAUGCACACAGUUUCCAAGUGAAAUAUCAAGCUCGUAGUCACUCCGAAUCAGGAUACAUUGAUGUCCAUAUCUACUACAUAACCUCCAAACCGGGUGUAUUCUAUCUUUACUACGGUUCUGAUACCACACUUGAUGGUGACAGUGCUACUGUAGGUGCCCAAGGUGGAAGUGUCAAAAAUGGCAACAGUAAAUACGUUUCUUACGAUUAUGAUACCGCUAAGACUAUCACUCCGGGAUUGAAACUUGUUAUCGAUACAAACGGUUCUGGAAAGAUCCAAAAGGCCUCAUGA